CGAGUGUUGAUUAUAUAACCCCAAAUUAAUUUGUUUUCCUUAAAUAAAAGGAGUAAUGGCUUUAUAUUUUCCGAUCCCAAUCACCAAACAACGGAAAUGCGAAGAAGCGGCGGAUUUUCUACUUCCCUAACAGUAUCUAUCUUCUUCCUAUCCAUCCAAUGAAUAUAAUAUUGACUCAUCACUCACUCCGCUCAAUAUAUAUAUGUAAAGUAAUGAUCAAUGAUAGAUAGAUGAUUAUAUAUAUAUUCUGUAUCUGUUUUGAUCUCUCUCUAUAUAUAUCUAUACAUAUAAAUAGAACCUGGAUCAUCCAGUUAGGCUAAGCCAGACAGUCUGAGCACCGACCAGGCCGCAAGCAGCUAAUUAAGAUAGAGAAAGCGCACAUAUCGGAGAAUGGAGGAGCGCGCAUCAAUAUGGGGUAGGAGUGAAGACAAGAUUUUUGAGACUGCUCUGGUUAAGUAUGCACAAGGCACGCCCAACAGAUGGGCGAAAAUUGCAGAUUUGCUCCCGCUGAAAACCGCUCUGCAAGUGGAAACACACUAUCACAUUCUGAUGUCCGAUGUAGCGGAUAUUGAGGCUGGUCUUAUACCGCUUCCCGACUACACAGAAUCAGCUGACAAGAAGAAGAAUAAGAUCAAAGAGGCGAGGAAACCAGCUACCCAAUGGACUGCAGGAGAACACAAGAGAUUCUUGGAAGGGCUAAAUAAGUAUGGGAAAGGAGACUGGAAGAGCAUAGCUAGGCAGUGUGUGAAGACAAGGUCAGCUACUCAGGUUGCUAGUCAUGCUCAGAAGUAUUUUAUUCAUCUGGACAAGGAUGUCAAGAACAAGAAGAGGUCAAGCAUCUAUGAUGUUUCAUUGGAAUAACACAUACAUUAUCUGCUUCAUCAUUUCUUCUACUAUACCAAACUUCCAU